GUCACUGGGAGAGACUCUGCAGAGCCUUUCGCCACCACCGCUUUUUCUCUUUUUGGCUCCUUGAGUUAGUCGAGUUACUUGCGAUCGUCGAGGCCGGGGUGCGAACGGAGGGACUCUCUCCACGCCGCCCGGGUCCCUCUACCUCAUCCGUAGGUGUAGCCCUGAUGGUGCGGCAGGCUCUGGACUUCUAAGACUGGAGCGAAUUUAAGAAGAUUUUAUUCAUGUGCAUAGCAUAGAAGAUGAAUUCUUCCUCCUCCACCAUGAGCGAAGAACCCGAUGCUCUAUCGGUAGUUAACCAGCUACGGGAUCUAGCAGCAGAUCCAUUAAAUAGAAGAGCCAUCGUCCAGGAUCAGGGAUGUCUGCCUGGCCUGAUUUUAUUUAUGGACCAUCCUAACCCUCCUGUCGUCCACUCAGCUUUGCUUGCUCUUCGAUACUUGGCAGAAUGCCGUGCGAACAGAGAAAAGAUGAAAGGAGAACUGGGUAUGAUGUUGAGCUUGCAAAAUGUUAUACAGAAGACUACAACUCCAGGAGAAACAAAACUUCUGGCCUCUGAAAUCUAUGAUAUUCUUCAGUCCUCCAGUAUGGCAGAUGGUGAUAGUUUCAAUGAAAUGAAUUCACGUCGAAGGAAAGCUCAGUUUUUUCUAGGAACUACAAAUAAACGUGCCAAAACAGUGGUUUUGCAUAUAGAUGGUCUUGAUGACACGUCUCGGAGAAACCUGUGCGAGGAGGCUUUGUUAAAAAUUAAAGGUGUUAUUAGCUUUACUUUUCAAAUGGCUGUUCAAAGAUGUGUGGUACGAAUCCGUUCAGAUUUGAAAGCAGAGGCUUUGGCGUCAGCUAUAGCAUCAACCAAGGUUAUGAAAGCUCAGCAAGUCGUGAAAAGUGAAAGUGGAGAAGAGAUGUUGGUCCCAUUCCAAGAUACUCCUGUGGAAGUAGAACAGAACACAGAGCUGCCUGACUACCUGCCUGAGGAUGAGAGUCCCUCAAAGGAGCAGGACAAAGCAGUGUCCCGUGUCGGCUCACACCCAGAGGGUGGAGCUAGCUGGCUGAGCACAGCUGCAAACUUUUUAUCCAGAUCAUUCUACUGGUGACUUCAAUUUGGGGUUCAAGGACUGUGUGAAACAACAAGGGGCCAGUUUUCCAUUGUUGUGGUGAACUGUCAAGUGCAAUUUGCAAUAAGUUAUCAUGAAAAGUUUUUAGAUUACAUGAUUGCGUAUGCUGCAUUUUACAUCUUAUUGGACAUUUUACCCCCACUGAGUGGUAAAAAGGACAGAGGCUACAGGUGGAAUUGCUUUGUUUAUGAAGGUAUUUUGGUUUUGUUUUCCUUUGUUUAAUUGCCUCACUUUUUAAAAAACAUGGGUCCACUGUUAAAACCAAACAUGUAUGUGCAGCUUUACAUUUAUUUUACAUGAAGCACGUGAUUAGGAAAAUUUGUUUUCUCCUCAGGCCUCAGGACCUAUCUGAAGAGUUUUUUAAUAGCUCAAGUUGUGCAUGAAUUACUGAACAUUUUUCUCUGCUUUUCUUCAUGAAAGAUACAUGCUUUGUUAUCUUCACUGAAAGUUGAAAACCUUUCUCAUUACCUCUCUUUUGUGCCUUUUUUAUUUUGCCAACCAUGUUUAUAGAAAGGAUAUUACUAAUGACAUGUUGCAAAUUAAAAUAUAUUCAUUUGAACAUAGUAGUCCUCUAAAAAUACAACUCUACAAAAACCUUGCAGUCUCGUUUUUUUAUAAUUUUAAUAAGAUUAACACAAAAUCAGUUGAGAAGAAGGGAACAUGUAUAUUAGCAUAGUGAUUGUGGAAAGUAUUUGAAUGUGACCAAAUGUGGUUCUAGCUGGCUACUAUUCACUUUGGUUUAUAUCAGCUCCUGAGAGUUAAUUCCACCAUGAUAUUGCAAGCAACUGUCAAUGGUCUCUAGGCCUUACUUUGUGAGUACACCCUAUCUUCUGCUAGAAAAAAAUAACAGUGGUAAAGAACUGACAAACUUGAAAAAAGGAAAGAAAAAUUGAAUGCCUAUAAUGCCAUAGUGCCACUUUGGAAGAGUCUAACUUUAAAACAUGAAUUGCUUGGCAAAAGCCUGUUCAGUAGGUGUUUCUUCGUAUUGCCUUUUAUGAAUUUAUUAUUAAAAUGCUGCAGUCACAUUGAAUGAAAAAAGACCCAAAUUAUUGCUUAUAAAGAAUAAAGCCAGCAUUGGUCACUUAAUCUUGUUUCUCAUGUCCAGCCAGAAAAAAAGAACUUCAGUGAAGGUAAGAUUAAAUAAGUAUAUUUACACACACAUAUAUAUGGGUUUUUUUGGUAGAUAAGAGCUAAUUACAUGUAUGUAAUGCUUUAUUAAAUUUCUGAAAUAUUUGGUAACUAAAAUUUUCUUUUUGGAAAUUCAACUAUAUGCAGAUACAUUUUAAUGACUAAAAACUAAUAGGAAAAAAUGGAAAAUCCUUUUUCAUCAAUGUGUAGAGCUGCCAUUUUACUACUUGGAGAAUGUGAAGUGAAAAUUGGACCCUAAAAGUUUUCCUUGCUUUUUUAUCAAUUCUCUUUUAGAGAAAAUUAAAAGCAUCCAUUGUCAAUGGAGAAACUAAUUGUACAUUACCAUCACUAACACUGCAACCUUCUGGAGGGGGAGUUAUUGAGGGUAUUGAGGAUGAUAUUGUUUCAUGUGUCUGGUCUCCGAUUCAAGUGACACGCACAAACUGAAAAUAUAAGCUUUCAGGGCACAUAUUGCUCUAAAUGCAUAUGCCAGGACCAGAUGUGUUGAAGAAAGAAAAAACCACCUCCUUUCCAUAGCCAUUAAAGCAUAGUUUACCGUUUUAAGUUUGUAUUUUAUUUUACAUUGCCACACAUCUGCUUAUAUAAAAAAACUACAUCCUUUUGUCAGUAAUGGUUCAGUACAAGUAGGUAUUACAGCUUGACAUUUGUGUGUUCUAAUUCUAAGUGUUCUUUUAUUCCAGGUCAUAAUAGAGCAGUUAAGGCAACUGUAACAGCAUUUUUGGAAAUAUAUUGUAAAAUAAUAAAAGGUAACAUAAUUAAAAUUAGAUGGAUAUUA